UCAAAUAAUUGAGAACCUUCAAUGCCUCUUUUUAUGCAAUUUUUUUAGAUUGUUUUUUCCGCAGAUUGUGUCAUUUGCGUAUUACGUCGUCGUGUCGUUCAUUAGUUUUCAAGAUGCGUGGUUAAUUCUGAUUUUUCUUUCAAGCACUGCCUCGAAUCUUGUUCUCUUUCGUUUCUCAAAACGUGACUCAAUCAGCCAAGUAAUGGGGCGCCGAAAUUUAAGCCGGGUGUCGUCCCAUCGCCCUCCUCAACCGCUGAAUGACGAUCUGUACAAAUACAAGUGUGGAUCUCAAGGGAAAUUAACUGCACCGAAACACAUUCGACUGCCGAAAAUCGUAGAAGAUAGUGCACUCAUGUUUGAAAUUGUCAUGUUUGUCUUCACUUACGCGGCAACUUUUUUCCAAUUCCUCAAUCUUUACCGCUCAGUUUGGUGGCUCCCUCAUUCUCACACAAGCUAUACAAUGGUGCGUACACUCAAUUAUGUUUUGAAUUUCAGAAAAGUUUACCGGUUCAGCUGAGAAGCUCUAGAAGCUUGCUU